AUGAGAUGGACCGGACUGGGAUCAGCGACCCUUAUAAAUUCGUCUUCACUAAUCAAUGAUGUGGCAUCCCUUAAAACUCUCAUUGGUGCUUUCAAUCGCACAAUCCGACUAUACGCCUGGACUUGUCCACUUUCAUCAGAUGGUUACUACACCGUGGAUUUGUUCUGGGAAAGAAUUAACGGACCCACGACACCAUACUGGGGGGUUAAAAUCAGUUGGAGCAAGGAUGUACCCAUAAAGGGUAACUGUUUUGUUUGGAGAGCCAACUUCAAUCGUAUUUCGACUGCAUCAGCUCUUAUUAAACAAGGGGUACGGAUUAACUCUGCUCAAUGUGGGCAUUGUAGAAGCGGUGAGGAAGAUAUCGGGCAUCUAUUUACAUGA